AUGAAGCUUUACUACGUCGGCGUUCUCGACAACACCAAGAGGCCCGCUGUCCAACUAUGCGCGGCGCACGAGCUCAGCGAGUUCUCGCGGUGGACGAAGAAUGAAUAUGCCGCCUUCAUGACCAUGAUCAGCAAAACCGUGGCCGAGCGAACAAACCCAGGCCAAAGACAGUCAGUUGAGGAGGGGGACUACGUUGUCCACUGUUACGCGCGCACCGAGGGCGUCGCAGGUGUUGUUAUCACCAAGGACUAUCCGCACAUUGCGGCGCACAGUGUGCUGUCCAAGUUAAUGGACCAGUUCCUGUCCGAGAACCCCCUCGAUAAGAUCCGCUCGGCUAGUAAGGACGGGGACAUUAACUGGCCCGCUGUCAACGACUUCCUCAACAACUACCAGAACGCCAACGAGGCCAGCAGCAUCGCCCGCAUCCAGCAGGAGCUGGAUGAGACCAAGAUUAUCCUGCACAAAGCCAUUGAUAGCGUCCUUCAACGUGGCGAGAAACUGGAUGAUCUCGUGGCCAAAAGUUCUGACCUGAGCGCCCAGAGCAAGAUGUUUUACAAAUCUGCCAAGAAGCAGAACUCGUGCUGCCUGGUCAUGUAA